GAUGGGAUAAUCAAGGAAGGAGAUGACUGGGGCCAGUUCUCGGAGUCCGAUAUUGACGCCGAGGACUAUUUCAACCUGCUGCUUUCGCCCGUCCGGCCACGCAGGUACCUGGAGCAAAUAGGGGUAGAGUGUGACUCCGACCCAGGGGACGGGGACGAGAGCGACGGUAACGACUCCGUGGAUGAGGGCCCUGUUCGUCAUCGCUCGCGGCUGCCUUCUGCACGGCCGAGGACUGGUCGCCGUGGUCCGGCUCCUGGCACAGGAGGGCGACCGAGACGAUCUCAAAGGCAAACUCGAUCGUUGAGGCCGCCACGACGUAUUCGGAGUCCGGUGAGGAUUCCACCUGAAGAGUCGGCGGUAUUCCACGCACAAGAUCCGGUGUGGAAUGGAGAUCUGGAAGCUUGCGCCUUGACUGGUCGCGACAAGGCCAUCCUCCGCGAGUUCUGGACAGAGCUGGACAAUGACCAAAUGCAGUUUUGCAGUCGAUGCCAAAAGAGUUGGUUCCAGAUGAAGAUCGAUUGCGAUGGCAUUUGUGCGCGUUGUUAUCGAAAGGAUGAAAAACGCCGCCCCGACGAGCCGUAUUUCUUCUCUGCGGAUAAUCAGCUCGACUUCGGCCCUGUACCGGCCCGGUUGCCCCAGCUUACGCCUACCGAAGAGUCUUUGAUUGCUCGUGUUCACGUCCACGUGAACAUUAUGCUU